AUGAAGGCCUGCAGUGGCAUCGCCUGCGACUGUCUCGGCCCUGGAACGUUCCUGGCUGCGCUUAUAGGCAAGCGGCGUCUUUGCCGCACAUCCUACUGCUAACCCGCUGGGGCGGGUCGCUCGUUUUUGUGUAUUUGUGCCGUGUUGCCCAUGGUCUGUGGGAACGUGUGUAUGCAUUUUGCACGAAUCAAAUGUCUUCCUGUUUAUGUAUACAGUGGUGGCUACGGUUUAACAGAGAUAAGUUAAGAAAAAUGGGACGGGUUAAGAGAGUAAAACUGGCUUGUCACGCCUCUGGCCGUCAUAAGAGAGAAAUUACCAUCCUCCAGUCGUAUUGUUGUUGUUGUUUUUCUUCACAUUGAACUCGUGUCAGUUGCUAAUCCCAACAUCUAGCAAAGACUCGGUCCGUGGUCACAAAAAUGCUAGAGCCAUCAGAAGAUCUAAAGAACAUGCACACUAUUAGCAAGAAAAGGGCACACAAGCCCGAGGAGGUACACCUGCAAUCCCUGCAGCACGUUUACGUGCUCACAACUGAACUACACGCCCAC